GAUGGUUGGUCGGACGAUUUUGGCCGGUGCACAGUGAACUCUGAACCCUCGUUGUUCUUUAUUGUUUUGAUUUCGUGUAUUUCCUCUCUCUACCACUUGUUGCCAGUUUGUCGAAGGGAACUUAGCCAUACACGGACAGUGGUCCUAAAAUGUUGUUUUUUAUGUUUUAUUCAACGUGAAAAACGAUGGGAAAGCGAGUCCUUGAGCCAGACAGACCUGCUGCUGCUGACGAAGAUGUUUUUUCCUACGUAAGCUAACUUUAGCCGCGCGGCUAACGCAGCGACUCAGCUUUGGUCACAACAUGACGACGAAGAGAAGCCACUGAUUUCUACUUAUUGAAUAGUGAAUCUUAUAGUAUUAGGCAGUCAUUGCGCGAGGGCGUCGUUAUUUUCUUAGAUUAUCUGCUAACAGGGUUGGCCAUCACGUUUAUUCAAUGGGCGAGGAAAAGCCGGACACGCUGGACUUUGUGAAGGACUUCCAGGAGUAUCUGAGCCAGCAGACUCAGCAUGUAAACAUGAUUUCAGGUUCUGUCAGUGGUGUCAAAGAGGCAGAUGAGUUGCCAGCAGACUGCAGUCAGAAUGGACUGGAUCACCCCUCAGUGGACAUGUCACUGGACGACAGCUCAGGGAUCCUGGUGGAUGGUUUUGAGAGGACCUAUGACGGCAAGCUAAAGUGUCGCUACUGCAACUAUGCCACCAGAGGCACAGCGCGACUUAUCGAGCACAUCAGAAUUCACACAGGAGAGAAGCCACACAGGUGCCACCUCUGCCCAUUUGCCUCAGCCUAUGAACGCCACCUGGAGGCACACAUGCGAUCACACACAGGUGAGAAGCCUUACAAAUGUGAGCUGUGCUCCUUCCGCUGCAGUGAUCGCAGCAACUUGUCACACCAUCGCCGCAGACGCCACAAACUGUUGCCCAUGAAGGGCGCUCGCUCACUUUCCCACAAGAAGAUGCUGAGUGUUUUACAGAAGAAGGCCAGCUCGUUGGGAUACGGCCGCCGCCUUCUCAUCAACUUCAGUCCACCUUCCAUGGUGGUGCACAAGCCUGACAACGUAAAUGACUUCUCACAUGAGCUACCACACCUGCGCCAGGAGGGCUAUGAUAAUCAGACUGGGGCUGUCGAGGAUCCUCUGUCCACCAAUCAAAAUCACCAUCAUCAUGACGUGGUGAUGGAAAACCCCUUGAACCAGCUGUCCACACUGGCAGGCCAGUUGGCCAGCCUCCCGUCAGAGUCCCAGGCCCAGACACAGCCUCCGAUGUCCCCAGGAGGAGAAUCAGUGGUGGAUGAAAAGCCCUUUCUCAUCCAGCAGCCUCACCCAGCCACGGCUCCUGUAGCAGUCACUGCCAGCAUGACUCAUGCCUCCUCCUCCUCUCCAGUCACCCCAGAGCCACGGGCGCCUCCCCACAGCAACUGCAGCCCUGGAGGAGGACCCUGUAGCGAACACAGUGGGCGCACGAGCACACCAAGCGUCUCCAACAGUCGCCCCAGUACACCAGCCCAAGGCCUGUCUGCUCCACCACAGGAUCUGCACACUCUGCAUCACUGCCAGCAUUGUGACAUCUUCUUCCCAGACAACAUUCUGUACACCAUCCACAUGGGCUGCCAUGGCUACGAGAAUCCAUUCCAGUGCAACAUCUGUGGCCACAAGUGUAAAAGCAGGUAUGACUUUGCCUGCCACUUUGCCAGGGGGCAGCACAAGUGAUGGUGUGAAGAGAGAAGACGGUGUAUGGACAGCUUUGUUUUUGUAGAGUUGAUCCCAUAAUAACCUUUAUUAUAUUUGUCUUCAUGGCCUUGAUGUAGCCUAGCCUUGACAGUUUUACCAACUUGGAAAACGUCAGCAUUCAGUUCCGUUGUGAACACCUUUCCCUUUAGAGCGUAUUUAAAAAAGAAAAGGUUGACGAUUUGCUAGUGGUCAUGUUGACAGCCAUAUUCACCCCAAAUAAAACUACAGCUUGAAUAAUAAGCUGUAGUUUGUAUAAUACCAUGUUUAAAAAAUGCAUUUCAGUUCUGAAUACAAUUCAGUGCAAACUAUAAAGCUACAAAACUUGUUUUUUCAAUAAAGUUUUUUUUGUCAGCAGAAAAUAAGAAACUUGCCUCAAACUAGAAAACACUAGAUUUGUUUUGCAAUAGCAGUGAGAGCAGCAGUCUCAAACUCAACUUUCACAGUCUUUACAAACUUAGUGUUAAGGUGCUGACUGACAGACCGGUCUCAUCAGGUUUUAUAUGAGGCUGGAAGACUUUCUCACACACUCGAAAAUAUUUUGCAACGUUCUGUUCCCAUCACACUCCUCCAGAUCUGUGUCUCUGCUCCACACACUAACACAAUUGUGGGCCCAGUAGCCUUGUGUGUAAAUUCAGACAAACCAAAUCCUUACUUGAAUGUAAUGAGUGGAGACUUUGACUUUAGUAAAAACCAGAAACACAAUAGGGUGAAUAUGACUGUCAUCCAAACAAGUUGUCAAACCUCCAUUGCCUCCAACUGAAUAUUCCUUCAGGCAGGAGUCAAACUGUCGCUCCGGUUUGAUUGUUACUCACCUUUGUUAAGAACAUUUAAAUUCCUUAGGUGCGUUAACACUAUACGUAUUUGUUUGUAGUGCCUAUCAAAGUCUCUUCUUAUGCAGGACCACUGCAAAAGUUUCAGGCCGGUGUAAAGAAAAAACUGUGAAGAAUGAAUUCACACAAAAGGUUAAUAAAUUAAAAAAAAAUCAAAUGUGAAGUGUAUGAACAGAAGGGACAUUUUAAUAACAUUAAUAUUUUGUGUUGAUUCGUUGUCCUAAAACAGCUACAGUAUUUUAUGAAAAGCAAAGCCGUAGCACACAUGAGCCACAGUGCUGCUAUAUGUGUUCUUACAUAUAUGUGCCUAUAUAUUUAUAUAGGUGUAUAUAAAUAUAUACACAUACAUAUAUGUAUCCACACACUUACACAUACAUAUAUGUGUACAUAUAUGUAUGUAUGCAUGUAUAUAUAUAUAUGAAUAUAUAUAUAUGCACAUAUACACAUCCAUAUAUAUGUAUACAUUUUCAUUUGAACAUGAUUAAUUGUGGUUAAUAAUUCUUUAUUAGGAAAAUAUAUGGCUUGACUUUUCCAUUCUCAACAUGCAGAUGUCUGCUGUCUGCUCUAUACAUACACUUGAUCUCUGGAACAGAGUACUGGCUGCAUUUUGUAAAAUGUGAAGAACUAACUGAACUAUCUCCAGCCCUUCUUCCUUUUCCUUUUAUUUGAAACGCAGUAUUGAAAUCACAGUUGGGUUUAAAAAAAAAAACCCAACACAUUCACUGUACAGUUUUUUUUCCUCACACAGGUCUGAGACUUUAGCACAGUACUGUUCCCCCAGGUAAAGAGGACUGUUAUUUCAUUAUUACAAAGUUCUCUUCUUAGUGUAAUAUAUAAACCAAGAACUUUAGGGAAAAAAAGUUUGGCUAUUAAAGAGUUUCACAGUUGUGGCCAAGCUUCAUGACAGACUGCUGCUAAAAAAAUCCUCAGAAUCAGUGCCAACUGUAAGUGGCAUCUAAAACAAAGACUUUGCCAAAUUUUGUGUCUGUGAUUUAUGAUCAGAAGGGUUAGUUGUUGCCUAAGAGUUUUUUUGGUUUUUUUUGUAUGAAUCUUUUUUCAUUACGGUUCCAUCAUUUGACAGCGUACAAAGUCACUUUAUUACCAGUAUCUUUGUAACCAAGGCCUCUAGAGUCUCAUAUUUUCAGCCUUUGCCACACGGUGCUGGGGUCUCCACAUUUCAAUCUCCAUUAAUCAUCGGACCCCAGGACUUUUCCCAAUAUUUGAGUAUUGUAUCAAGUGCUUGGAUCGAUGUUCAGUGUCAAGAACGCCACAAAAAAAAGCAAAAUGGUGUUGCAGUAACGCUGCUACUUUAGCGAGAUUGUUCUUUUUCUCUGGUACUGUUUUGUCUGUUGAUGAGCACCAGACGGUACCUGCUGUUUUCAGGACCACCACUCUGUUACCAUGGUCACCAGUAAUGAGUUAUGUGGUUACGACCGCUGUGUGUUCUCUCACUGUGUUGUUCGUAGGUUAGUAGGUUAACGCUGAAUGUGGAAGUCAUUUAUCUUAAUGUGACAUCGAGCAACUAAUUUAUAAGUAAAGUGUUUUUUAUCAGA